UGCAACAGCAGUUUCUGUGUGCAGAUCUCGCAGGAUUCUUCCUGCAUGCCUCAGAGAGAGAGAGAGAGAGAGAACGGCUGCGCUCAUGUUUACGGCUCCCUCUCACGUCCACCGGAGGCCUGGCUAGCAGAAACGGAUGAUUCUCUCUCUCUCUCUUUCGUUCUCUCGCUCCAGCAUCCCAGUGACAGCUGAGUGGCUGAGGCGUAAUUGCAGAGAAGUGAGGUCAGCGAGAGGCUUUUAUCAGAGAUUGCGCAGCGUUCAGCAACACGAGAAGAUGCACAGCGCAGACGGGCUGCCCCAAAACUCCCUCUCUCGGUGCGUCACAUUGGAAGUUUCUCUGGAAUCGUCUGGACUGAAGCGCACGUCGUGGAGGCACAAAAACUAAUACACUGCUGCCUCCUCCAGCUCUGAGGAGAUUCUGAUGCUGCAGGAGGAGGUCCGACUUCACUCCACAAUCUGAGGAUUUUACUGGGAAAGGGUCCAAGCGGAUCUCCCACGGCUUGAAGAUCCAACCAGAGUUUUGCCUUCAGUAUGUGGAUCAUGAACUCCUUGAGAAACGCAGUAUAAUGCGCAAAUGGACGCUGUCAUGGAAACUGCCUAAGUUGCCGUGUGGACUGUGGUUGCACGUCGUGCUGGUUGUCAGCCGUGUGUGCGUGUGUGAUGGCGAGAGAGUCGCUGGGCAGGCGUCUGUGACUGACUGUUCCAAACAUGAACGCCACACCAGAAACUACGACUACAUGGAAGGAGGGGACGUUCGAAUCCGACGCCUCUAUAGUCGCACACAGUGGUUUCUGAUGAUCGACGAGAACGGGAAUAUCAAUGGAACGCAGGAUCCCAACAACUGCUACAGUGUUCUGGAGAUCAGGACGGUUUCUGAGGGAGGCGUGUUGGCCAUAAAAGGACUGAAGAGCCAGUAUUACAUUUCCAUGAACCGCACCGGAAUGUUACAGGGCAAAAAAGACUACAACGACAGCUGCAACUUCAAAGAAGUGUUUUUAGAGAACUACUACACAGCGUACGCCUCGGUCAAAAAGACUAAAGACGGCAAAGAGAUGUUCAUCGCUCUGUCAAAAAACGGACGGCCGCUGAAAGGAAAGAAGACGAGGAGAGAGAGCAUCACUUCUCACUUCAUCCCUCGAAAGUGCAAGGAAGACGAGAAGAAGCUGGCGUGAAGUGAUGCAUGUCAGUAAUUCAGCUGCAAACAUUAUCAAUAAAACACACUUUCUUUCUUCGCCACUCGAGACACACGAGAAGAUGCUGGUGAAACGGCACCAGGGUUUAUAUACGAAAAGGUUUUGGACUCGUGUAAACAAACAGUUAUAAAUACUCCUGUGUGUUUUGAGAUAAAAACUAUUUUUAUAUUUUUUAGAGAGAAUAACCAGAGCGUCUAUGUUUCUGUUCACUGCACUUUCACAGCCAUUAAGAAUGAAAACGCCAAAUAAACACUGCAAUGCAUUUAUACGAACGAUGUGUGUACGACAAUAUCGCACACCACUAACAUCCAUCCUGAGGAGUUUUCCUUUUCGUUUAGUUUGAGACAUUCCGUUCUCGUUUCCAUUUCAAUGAGAAAAUCAGUUCUUUAAUUUGUUUAAUCUUUGGGUCAUUUAUUAGCUCUAAAAAUCACAUGCAAUUAACAUUCAUCUUCCUGCUCUUAUAGUGACUGUAUUCUAAGAAAUGCAAUGUUUGUCUUCACAAUCUUCCAUCGCUCAUUCAUAAACGACUUUCCUUUUCAUUAUUGAUCAACCGCCUUCAUAUAUAGACACUUUCAAUCGGAUGAAAUCAAACGCAUUAUGGUGAAAUGGGUUUGUCUGACCGUAUUUAGUUUCCACAUAAUCACUCAGUGCUCUAAUGUGAUUGUGUCCAUGUGUUGUUGUGUGUUAUUUAUGAUAUUUAUAUGUGUCGCUGGCUCUGAAAUAAUCGUCUGUAUUCUGUGCUGCAAACACUCACACAGAGAGUCAAGCAGGAGUUUAUAUUUUGCUGCUAGGAUACUAAGUGAAAUCUGAGGUUUUAUAUGAUUAUAGAUCAAUCUCAAUAAAACAUGUAUGUACCUUC